UGGUUGGUUGGUCGCAGUGACGCUGGCUGCGCCUUGGAGCUGAGCGGAGCGGAGCGCAGCGCUCACCUGCAGAGGAGGAGAGAACCGGGGGGAAACUCGGGGGGCAGAGCCGCAGCGCACUCACGGAGCAAACCGGGGGACGUGUACACGAACAGAAGAGGGGAAUUAAAAAAGCAGCAGCAGAAGAAGAAGCAGAAGAAGAAGAGGCACGGGGAGCAGACUGUUCCGACCGGACCGACCCCUCCUCGUCCAGGCAGCCGCCACUGACGCGCUCACCACCCGCCGCCACCAUGAGAGCCGAGUGCGCUCUGGUCCUGACAGCGGCGCUGCUGCUGGACGCGUUCUGGGGGAGUAAUGGGGAGCGUGCCUCCUCCUCCUCCUCCUCCUCGGCUCCCUGCCGACCGGGCUUCUCUCAGAGCUUCUACUCCGUGCUGGUUUCAAGGGAUGUACUGCUGCAGGGCCGGGACAUCCUCAAAGAUUCCACGGUGUCGUCUCCGCAAGUGAAGUUCGACGACUGCGCGGGGAACGAGGCGGUGGUCUUCCGGAGCAGCGACCCCGUCUUCGGCGUGCGGGCGGACGGCUCCGUCUUCGCCCGGGCAGAGGGAGCCGCCGGCCUGGACGAGCCGGUCCAGUUCAAAGUGACGGCGAGCGGUCCGCGCACACGGACGGCCUGGGAGACCGAGGUCCAGCUGGCUCUGAUCGAUCCCCCGUCGCCGCGGCGACACCAGAACGAGGUCACACAGGAAGACGGGAAGGUGGCGGCGAGAGAGGAGAGGAAGGACGCGUCCCCGCCGCCGCCUCACGUCAUCACGUUCUCCGGGUCCGGCCGGAACGGCUCCAAGGGCCUGAGGAGGCAGAAGAGGGACUGGGUGAUCCCACCGAUCAACGUGGCGGAGAACUCCCGCGGACCGUUCCCUCAGAUGCUCGUCAGCAUCCGCUCGGACCAGGACCUGGACAUCUCCAUCCGGUACAGCAUCACCGGCGUGGGAGCGGAUCAACCGCCCAACGAGGUGUUCAACAUCGACCCCGUGGUCGGAAAGAUGUUCGUCACCAAACCUCUGGACCGGGAACAUCGCUCUUCUUACCACCUGCGCGCCCACGCCGUGGACAUGAACGGGAACCAGGUGGAGAACCCCAUCGACCUGUACAUCUUCGUCAUCGACAUGAACGACAACAGGCCCGAGUUCAAAAACCAGGUGUACAACGGCUCGGUGGACGAAGGCUCCAAACCAGGAACGUACGUGAUGCACCUGUCGGCGUUCGACGCGGACGACAACACCACCGCCAACGGCAUGGUGCGCUACCGCAUCCUGUCGCAGACGCCGCACAGCCCCAUCCCCAACAUGUUCACCAUCAACAGUGAGACCGGAGACAUCGUGACCGUGGCGCCCGGUCUGGACCGAGAGAAAGUGUCCCAGUACACCAUCAUCGUGCAGGCCACGGACAUGGAGGGCAACCUGAACUUCGGCCUGUCCAACACGGCCACGGCCAUCAUCACCGUCACGGACAUCAACGACAACCCGCCGAUGCUGACCUCCAGGACUUUUUCCGGCGAGGUCCCGGAGAACCGGGUGGACGUGGUGGUGGCCAAUCUGACGGUGAUCGACGCCGACCACCCGCACUCGCCCAACUGGAACGCCGUCUACAGGAUCAUCAGCGGGGACCCGUCGGGACACUUCGCCGUCCGCACUGACCCGGUCACCAACGACGGCAUGGUCACCGUGGUGAAGCCGGUGGACUUUGAGAUGAACCGGGCCUUCAUGCUGACCGUGGGGGUGUCCAACCAGGCCCACCUGGCCACCGGCAUCCAGUCGUCGCUCCAGUCCACGGCCGGCGUCACCAUCUCGGUGCAGGACGUCAACGAGCCGCCCUAUUUCCCCACGAACCCCAAGCACAUCCGCUUCGAGGAGGGCGUCCCCGCCGGCACCAGCCUGACCACCUUCUCCGCCUCGGACCCCGACCGACUGCAGAUGCAGCAGAUCAUCAGGUAUUCCAAGCUGAAUGACCCGGCCGACUGGCUGUCCAUCAACAGAACCAACGGGCAGAUCGUUACCACGGCGAUGCUGGACCGGGAGUCCGUCUACGUGAAAAACAACAUCUACGAAGCCACAUUCUUAGCGACAGACAACGGCUCGCCCGCGGCCAGUGGCACGGGCACGCUGCAGAUCUACCUGAUAGACAUCAACGACAACCCGCCGGCGCUCGUGCCCAAGGAGUCCCAGAUCUGCGAGAGGGUCAACCGCAACGUCAACGGCGUCAACAUCACCGCGGCCGACGCCGACACCGACCCCAACGCCGGGCCGUUCAUCUUCGAGCUCGCCAGCUUCCCCGGCAGCAUCCGGCGCAACUGGACCAUCUCUCGGAUCAGCGGCGACUUCGCCCGUCUGGGCCUGCGCUACCAGAUCUACCUGGAGCCCGGGGUGUACGAGGUGCCCGUGGUCGUGUCGGACUCGGGGAACCCCCCUCUGUCCAACAGGUCGGUCAUCAAGGUCAAGGUGUGUCCCUGCGACGAGAACGGCGACUGCACCACCCUGGGGGCCGUGGCGGCCGCCGGCCUGGGGACCGGCGCCAUCAUCUCCAUCCUCAUCUGCAUCAUCAUACUGCUCAGCAUGGUGCUGCUGUUCGUGAUGUGGAUCAAGCGGCGGGAGAAGGAGCGUCAGACCAAGCAGCUGCUGAUCGACCCCGAAGACGACGUCCGGGACAACAUCCUCAAAUACGACGAGGAGGGAGGAGGAGAGGAGGACCAGGACUACGACCUGAGCCAGCUGCAGCAGCCCGACUCCCUGGAGCACAUCAUCAGCAAGCCGCCGGGCGUCCGCAGGGUGGACGAGCGCCCCGUCAUCCCCGAGUCCCAGUAUCCGAUCAGACCCGUCGUACCACAUCCUGGAGACAUCGGAGACUUCAUCCACGAGGGUCUGCGGGCGGCGGACAACGACCCCACCGCGCCGCCCUACGACUCCCUGCUGGUGUUCGACUACGAGGGCAGCGGCUCCACCGCCGGCUCCGUCAGCUCGCUCAACUCCUCCAGCUCGGGGGACCAGGACUAUGACUACCUCAACGACUGGGGCCCGCGCUUCAAGAAGCUGGCCGACAUGUACGGCGGAGGGGACGAAGAUUAAAGAGUCCGCCCGCACGCACGGGCGCUCGGGCACACACACACACACACACGCGCACGCACGCACGCACGCACGCACACACACCCCCGUCCCGUCAGCUGGCCUGCCAUGCUCCGUCCCACCACCAGGCGGGGCCGCUGCAGCCCCUUAACAAUGACUUGUUCCCCCCGACCCACUGACCGACCAGCCAACCAAUCGGAUCGGCCCCCACAGAGGACCCGGUCCCGUCAGUCUCGGCUGCUUCUCAUCAGUUUGCAUUUGUAUUUUCCUUUUUCAAACCCUUGUGCUUUUUGUUUCGCUUAAGGUUUCCUGCCAGAUUUAGCUUUUGUUCUGUUUUGUAACUUUUGUCUCGUUCUUUUUCCCUUUUUAGUUCUUUUGCAGCUUCUUCUGUCCUCGCUCCCUUUUCUUUUGAUUCAAGUCGACUCCCUAAGGGGUUUUUUUCUCUUCUCCUCUGCUGUCAGCCGCCCGCCCGCCCGCCCGCCUCUCUGCAGAAGCUUUAGGUUGAGCUUCUAGCUUUUGUCUGAGAGGAACAAAGGGAGGAGGGGGGGGAUGAGGAACACAGAUAUGACACGGGCCCUGGUUUAUUCUUUCUUGAACUUGAAUUACUUAGAACAGAAGCACUGUUAAAAAAAAAAAAAAAGUGCCUUCAGUGGUGCGUAUUUUA